AUGGUGAGGAAUGUGGACGACUUUGACUUCUGCCUGCCUUCACAUGCCCAGGGCAUGCUGGAGGGGCUGCAGCGGCUACGUGCCAACCCCAAGCUGGCAGAUGUGACUCUGGUGGCAGACGGGCGGGAGUUCCCCUGCCACCGCGGCAUCCUGGCCCUCUGCAGCCACUACUUCUAUGCCAUGUUCUCCGGUGACUUCGCCGAGAGCAUUGCAGCACGGGUGGAGCUGAAAGAGGUGGACCCUGAUGCCCUGGAGAUGCUGCUCGACUUUGCCUACACGGGGAAGGUCACCAUCAACCAGGAGAACGUGGAGGGGCUGAUGCGGACCUCCAGCCAGCUGCACUUCCCCACUAUCCAGAAGGUCUGCAGCCGCUACCUCCGGCAGCAGAUGGAUGCCACCAACUGCCUAGGUAUCUGCGAGUUCGGCGAGAGCCAAGGCUGCCCUGAGGUCUCCUCCAAGGCCUGGUCUUUCUUGCAGGAGAACUUUGAAGCUGUCUCUCUGCAGGAGGAGUUCCUCCAGCUCUCCAAGGAGAGGUUAGCUGCUUACCUCUCCAAGGACCAGCUGCAGGUGCAGGAGGAGCAGAGCCUGGCUGAGGCUGUGCUGCGCUGGGUACGCCAUGACCCAGGGUCCCGAGCCCAGUUCCUUCCUGAGCUGCUGGAGCUGGCCCACCUCGUCUUGCUGCCUGACCAGUACCUGCAGAACCUGCUUACCACUGAGCCCCUUAUCCGUGACUCAGAUGCCAGCAAGGCUCUCAGCGAUGCUGGUGUGCAGAAUUCCCCCACCUCACUGCAGAAGCUGGAGGAGGUGCUGGUGGUGGUUGGUGGCCGCGUGCUGGAGGAGGGUGAGGAUGAGGACAGGGGGCUGCAGAUGCCGGCCACCCCCAGGAACUUUGCCUUUUACAACCCCAAAAGUAGGCGAUGGAUGGCUCUGCCUGACUUCCCUGAUUACAACAAAUGGGGCUUUUCCCUGGUGGCUCUGAACAACGAUGUUUAUGUCACAGGUGGCUCCCGUGGGUCCCAGAACGACACAUGGUCAACAACUCAGGCCUGGUGCUUCUGCCCCAGGGACGGUGCCUGGAAGCCCAUCGCUUCCAUGCUGAAAGCCCGGACAAACCACACCAGUGCUGUCCUCAAUGGCGAGAUCUAUGUCAUUGGGGGGACAACGGUGGACGUGGUGGAGGUGGAGCGCUAUGACCCAUACAACAAGAGCUGGUGUGCCAUCAGCCCGGCCCUCAAGUAUGUGAGCAAUUUUGCAGCCGCCAGCUGCUUGGGCAAGCUCUACCUGGUGGGUUCCUGCGCCGUCAAGUACAAUGCACUCACCCUGCAGUGCUACAACCCUGUCCAAGAUUUGUGGAGUGUGAUCACAUCCCCCUUCAUCCCCAAAUACCUCUCGGCCCCACGUUGUGCCACCUUGCGUGGGCUCAUCUACCUUAUCGGGGACAACACCAAGAAGGUCCACGUGUAUGAUCCAGAGGCCAACAUCUGGCAGAAGGUGCAACUUCUCCACACACUCCAUGAGAAUGGUGGGAUGGUGGCAUUGGGUGACCGGCUCUUCGUCACCGGCGGCCACUGGAAGGGCAUGAAUGGGGACUACCGGGUGGAAAUGGAGGUGUACGACUGUGCCAAGGACCUCUGGACACGGGAGGGCUCCCUGCCUUGCCUAUGGCUCUUCCACAGCUCCUCCUCCAUCUUCAUGGACACCUCCAAGUGGACAGAGGCUUUCCAGGGUGACCAUAGGUAGUAGGAGCCUGCAAUAUUGACUGUCAU